GGCCGCGUGGAGGGCUUCGGCAGCGCCCGCGAGCUCUACGCCAAGAUCGCCGAGACUUUCCGCAUCCACCCUGCCGAGAUCAUGUUUUGCACUUUGAACACUCAUAAAGCUGAUAUGGACAAGCUUUUAGGUGCACAAAUUGGCCUUGAAGAUUUCAUAUUUGCCCACAUAAAAGGUCAACGAAAAGAAGUGGAAAUUCUUAAAACUGAUGAUGUGCUUGGGCUCACCAUUACAGACAAUGGGACUGGCUGUGCAUUCAUAAAGCGAAUCAAAGAAGGUAGCCUUAUGGACCGAAUCAAAAUGGUCUGCGUGGGUGAUCACAUAGAGACUAUAAAUGGAAAAAAUGUGUCAGAUUGUCGACAUUAUGAAGUUGCCAAAAUGCUAAAAGACCUGGAAAAAGAUCAAGUGUUUAAGCUGGAGUUGGUAGAGCCUAUGAAAGCAUUUGAAAAGCUGGAACCAAGGUCCAAAGGUGGAACUCUGCCAGAGGCUAAAAUCUCCAGAGGGAGAGAAACACUUCGGCUAAGAACUAAAGGCCCUGCGACUGUGGAAGAAAUGCCAACUGAAGUUGAAGAAAAAGCAAUUAAAAAAGUGGAUGAGCUGCUUGAAACAUACAUGGGGAUAAGAGAUAUUGAAUUAGCUGCAACGAUGGUGGAAGCUGGAAGAGACAAGAAAAACCCAGAUGAAUUUGCAGUGGCAUUGGAUGAAACUCUUGGAGACUUUGCAUUUCCAGAUGAGUUUGUCUUUGAUGUAUGGGGAGCAAUAGGUGAUGCUAAGCAAGGACGACUGGAAUGAGACCUGUGCAGUUUAUCAAUCCCUAUUUGAAAAUACGGAAUUAUUUUCAAAUACAUUCAUCAGAAUUUUAAUACUUUUAUUGAUAUGAAUC